AUGUCGCUGGAACAUGCGUUCAGGCGGCUGGCCAUACGGCCCUCGUCGGUAUGCCGCCAAUGCCGACGGACGAUAGCGACUUCGACACAGCGACAGCAACAGCAGUCGGCGACGGGAUCCUUUGCUGACCUGCUCUCCUCGUCGCGCGAUGCAAAUAGACCAAUGGCACGCCGUACAGCGCCGACACCAACAGCGGAUCGAACGGCGACAUCGCCUCCUGCUGUCGCAUCAGCACCACCCCCUGCAGAACAGCCCGCGGCACGCGACAACUUCGCUUUAGCCCGCCAGGCUGUCCGCGAUUCCAACUCCAGCCGCAUAGAACAGCAAAAUCGCCAGCUCGUGCGAGAGGCCGAACGUGGAUGGAGUCGCAAAGACCUCGAACUGCAAGCUGUUCGCAAGUGGACAGCCGGCGACGUCUACUCUCCCCACGAUCUGUCUGGCGUGGAAAUGUCAAAGUGGAAGAAGAUCAGGAGGAAGCCGCGACCGAAGUACGAUGUCAUUGACCAGCUGGGUCUGGAUCCUCUGAAGUUGUACAGGAACUUCAGUAUCAUGAGCGAGUACGUUACGGAGAUGGGGAGGAUCAAGCAUAGCAAUGAUACGGGCUUAAGGCCUGUCAAUCAGAGGAAGAUGGCAAAGGCGAUUAGGAGGUCGAUGGGCAUGGGUUUGAUGCCCGGUGUGCAUCGACAUCCUGAGAUUAUCAAGAAGGAGCUGGAAAACAGGAGGCCGAGCUAUUAG